UCUUCUUCCUCUUCGAUCGAUCGGUAAGGUUUUCGCUUUUUGCCCUCUCUAAGUUCUUCGUUGCCUCGCGUAAUUCGACGACCGCGUCGUCGUUCCAGGAUAGCGCGAAGCGACUUCUCUGAUUCAGGGGUUUACACUAAUGGGGAAGGACUCGAAGCCGAAGGACUCGGGAGGGAAGGGAAAGGGGAAGCAAACAGGGGGUGGGAGCGAUGAAGCCGCUUCCAAGGGGAAAGGAAAAGCCGGGAAGUCAGAUGGGCUAGGCACUUGCACUUAUGUCAAAGCUAGGCAUAUACUUUGUGAAAAGCAAGGCAAAAUCAAUGAAGCAUACAAGAAACUGCAGGAUGGCUGGCUAGGCAAUGGUGACAAGGUUCCUCCAGCUGAAUUCGCAAAGUUAGCUGCAGAGUACUCGGAGUGCCCAUCUGGGAAGAAGGGUGGGGAUUUAGGAUGGUUUCCUCGAGGAAAGAUGGCUGGCCCAUUUCAAGAAGUUGCAUUUAAUACCCCUGUUGGAGCUACAAGUGCACCAUUUAAAUCGACGCAUGGCUACCACAUUAUCCUGUCUGAAGGGAGAAAGAAUUGAUGAAUGCUGCUUCUCUGGGUACCUUUUUUUACCUAUGUGUCGAUCUAAACGAUGGAUGUUUUUAUGUAUGGCCUUUUAUGUUGUGUUGGGUGCAAGGUGCCUGUUCAAUGGGUGGUCGGUGAAUGUACAACAAAUCUCCGCUUAAAAUGCCUCAGUGCUUUGUGAUUACUUUUCAUCGGAGUGGGCUUUGAGCUCAUGUUCA